AGAGAGAGAGAGAGAGAGAGAGAGAGAGAGAGAGAGAGAGAUCCCACACUCUAAAGGAACGGGGGAGGUGCAGGAGCAUGUGAGUGCAUCGACACAUACAGGAACAGAGAGAGAGAAACGGAAACAGAGAGAAGAAGAGAAACAGCCAGGGACAAUGCCAGAGAGAACCUCUCGCUGCUCCGUAGACCCUGUUGAUAAAGGUGCGUUAUUACCAAAAACGUGAGCCCAUCUGCCUCCCCAAGACCACCUGCACUGGGAGACCACCUGCACUGGGAGACCACCUGCCACGGACCACCCUGGGGACAACUGAUGCCAAAGGACCAGAGGAGAGACAGAGAGAAUCGUGCCUUUUGGUUGUAGCAGCAAUCCAGUAAAGCACCUCGUCAACCAACAGACACAUCUCGGUUCUCUUUAAGGAAAGACAGGAUGAGAAGAGACUGACAAUCCUCUCCUUUUAUCACUCCCAGCUGCGAUGGAUCCCCCUGUGCAUUACGCCGAGCACACAGACUUGAACCUGGGAGAGGUGGAUGUGCGGAGAGGGAACAAGAGAGAAAUGAAGAGAUGACUGCUGCAUAUGACAGGCAUUCCUAUCGUUUGUGUGUUGGGGCCAACAUUGCAAUCUGCUGCAGGUGCCUCCUGCCUCCUCCCUCUGCUCUUCCUUGUUCUGCUCUGAGGGAAUGGCUCUGCUGGUCUGAGUAGAGAUAGAGGUGCUGGCCUUUUUCCUUUCUACGGUUUGUAGGCUGCUGCUCUGCUGUUUCUAGAGUGCUGCUGCCCACUGCCUUUCCCUGAGCCUCAGAUCCCAGUGUGGGCAGCCACUGUGUGUGUUGUUCACAAUACUUCUUCUGCCUUUUCUCGAUCUCGGGCAAUCCAAGUGGAGCAUCUAUUACAGAGAGAAAGAGAGAGAGCGCACAGUCUAGCCUUGAAGCUGUGUAGAUGCUUGGAAGCUCACUGCCCACUGUGCUCGACUGGAGUUGGACUCACUCAUCAAUACUGCUCUCAAAAAACAACAACCUUGAAAGCAGAAAGCACCUUGUUCUUCAGACUGUUUGUUCUGAGGGGGUUAGAAGCCUUGUAUGUAUGUGUGUGAAACAAACAAACAGGAGUGUACGUGUAAGAGUAUUGUGUGCGUUUACAGUCUCUUUCUAAUUAAGCUGGCAGACUGCAGUGAGACGGACGAUCAGCCUGGGCGCCUCUUUCUCUCCCUCUUCCCAUUAGGCCCCAUUGUGAUCAUUAAUGUCUGAUGCAAACUGCCCAUGAAUUAUGGAGUAGUGAAGUCUCCAUAGAAGUAGUGACUGUGGGGAACAGAUAGAUGGACAGAAGGACAGUCAGAAAAAGAGUGAAAUAGAGAAGAGGGGGGGGGUAUAGAAAACAGAUAGUUGUAAGCUCCAACUGAACAUGUUCUCUCUACUGAGCACAGACUCAGUGGAGGUGUGAGAGAGAGAGAGAGUUGUGUGCCCUUCGUUGAGCAGAUGAAUGAGAGAGGAGCUUAGAGACAACACGUGAUUCACAGAAAGAAAACUAGAGGGAGGACGAGAGAAGCAAGCUCGCAUGCCACUAUCAACCAAGUUACAUCGGCGCUGCACCGACAGGCAACGAUGUAGCGUAGCCUCAUUGAGAAGAACGGAGAACAACCACUGCUGCUGAGCCUUUCAUUUUCCGGGGGAAUCUUUUGGAAGUCACCCUACAGUGUUUAUCAGGGAGGGACACCAUCUAACCAAUACUUGAAAUCAAGCGGGGGACUGUUUAGCGUGUUGCACUGACCAGCAGAAGCCUCAAGACUGCCGAGGCAUGAGGCAAGCAGACCGUCUGAAAGAGAGGAGAGGUAUUUCUUCCCUCUAUGGACGGUGACACAUCUAGUUCCCAGAGUAAGGUCCGAAUGAAUCCUGCUGGACCAGAGGAGCGAGGGAAGGAACUAUGAGCUAAGUCACCCUCAGUGAUCGACCCCUGAAAGGUGCCUGCUCACCACUACCCAUCCUGGCGCAGAGGACCAUCUCUCGGUCUGUACCCCAACCCCAGAAGUAAAGGGUGUUUCUGUACCCCUAACGGAGGGGUGAAACUGUCUGGAUAGAGACUCGACUGUUUGAUUCUACAGCAGCAGGAACAUGGAUGACUCCAGCAUUCUGAGACGCAGGGGUCUACAGAAGGAGCUCAGUCUUCCGAGGAGGGGGAGUUUCUGUCGGACCAGCAAUAGGAAGAGCCUGAUUGUGACAUCCAGCACCUCCCCAACACUACCCAGACCACACUCACCACUACAUGGACACCCAGGGAGCAGCCCUCUGGACAGCCCCAGAAACUUCUCCCCCAACACGGCAGCACACUUCUCCUUCGUUCCAGCUCGCAGGACGGAUGGCAGGCGCUGGUCUCUGGCAUCACUGCCCUCCUCUGGAUAUGGCACCAACACACCCAGCUCCACUGUCUCGUCAUCCUGUUCAUCCCAGGAGAAGCUGCACCAGCUGCCCUUCCAGCCCACGGUGGACGAGCUGCACUUCCUCACCAAGCACUUCAGCUCCGAGAGCAUCACCGACGAGGAGGGACGACACUCGCCCAUGCGCCCCCGCUCACGCAGCCUCAGCCCUGGUCGCUCACCCAUUUCCUUUGACCAUGAGAUCGUCAUGAUGAACCAUGUCUACAAGGAGCGCUUUCCCAAGGCCACGGCUCAGAUGGAGGACCGUCUGGCUGACUUCCUAUCAUCCUCGGCUCCUGACAAGGUGAUGCCCCUGGCCGACGGGGUCCUCAGCUUCAUCCACCACCAGGUCAUAGAGCUGUCCAGAGACUGCCUGGAUAAAAGCCGCGAGGGUUGCAUCACCUCACACUACUUUUACGAGCUGCAGGAGAACCUGGAGAAACUGCUACAAGACGCUCACGAGCGCUCUGAGAGUGUGGAAGUCACAUUUGUGACCCAGCUGGUGAGGAAGCUGAUGAUCGUCAUCGCUCGGCCGGCACGCCUGCUGGAAUGUCUGGAGUUUGACCCGGAGGAGUUCUACCACCUGUUGGAGGCAGCAGAGGGCCAUGCCAAGGAGGGCCAGGGCAUCAAGUCAGACAUCCCCCGCUACAUCAUCAGCCAGCUGGGUCUCACCAGAGAUCCCCUGGAGGAGAUGGCCCAGCUGAGCAGCUACGACAGUGGGAACCCAGACACGCCAGAGACAGACGACUCUGUGGAUAGUCGAGGGGCCACGGUACCUGUUGUAGCUCCCCCUAAAACCAAGGCCCCACGGGAGGAGGACUUUGAGAACAUCAAGCUCAUUAGCAACGGGGCUUACGGUGCUGUGUUUCUGGUGCGUCACAAGGAGACGCGUCAGCGUUUUGCCAUGAAGAAGAUCAACAAGCAGAACCUCAUCCUGAGGAACCAGAUCCAGCAGGCCUUCGUAGAGAGAGACAUCCUGACCUUCGCUGAGAACCCCUUCGUGGUCUCCAUGUUCUGCUCCUUCGAGACACGCAGACACCUCUGUAUGGUCAUGGAGUAUGUGGAGGGUGGUGACUGUGCCACCCUGCUGAAGAACAUUGGGGCUCUGCCUGUGGACAUGGCACGCAUGUACUUCGCUGAGACCGUGCUGGCACUGGAGUACCUCCACAACUAUGGCAUCGUACACAGAGACCUCAAACCGGACAAUCUUCUGAUCACAUCGAUGGGCCACAUCAAGCUGACAGACUUUGGCCUGUCUAAGAUCGGUCUGAUGAGCCUCACCACCAACCUGUAUGAAGGACACAUAGAGAAGGAUACCAGGGAGUUCCUGGAUAAACAGGUGUGUGGUACACCAGAGUACAUAGCCCCAGAGGUGAUCCUGAGACAGGGCUAUGGGAAGCCAGUAGACUGGUGGGCCAUGGGGGUCAUCCUCUAUGAGUUCCUGGUGGGCUGUGCCCCUUUCUUUGGAGACACGCCAGAGGAGCUCUUUGGACAGGUCAUCAGUGAUGAGAUCAUAUGGCCAGAGGAGGAGGAGGCUCUUCCUAACGAUGCCCAGGACCUCAUCUGUAAACUCCUCAGACAGAACCCUCUGGAGAGGCUGGGUACAGGCAGUGCAUUCGAGGUGAAGCAACACCGGUUCUUCUAUGACCUGGACUGGAACAGUCUGCUGAGACAGAAGGCAGAGUUCAUCCCUCAGCUGGAGUCAGAGGAAGACACCAGCUACUUUGACACCCGUUCAGACAGGUACCACCACAUGGACUCUGAAGAUGAGGACGACACUAACGAUGACGAUCACGUAGAGAUGCGCCAGUUCUCCUCCUGCUCGCCCCGCUUCAGCAAGGUGUACAGCAGUAUGGAGCGUCUCUCCCUUCAUGAGGAGAAGCGGGCCCCCCCACCCACCAAGCGCAGCCUCAGUGAGGAGGGAGGAGAGCGCAUCGACAGCCUCAGUGGGCUCAAGUCCAGAGACCGCUCCUGGCUGGUGGGGUCACCUGAGAUCCUGCGUAAGCGUCUGUCCGUCUCGGAGUCGUCCCACACUGAGAGUGACUCCAGCCCUCCUCUGGCUGUGCGUAGACGCUGCUGCUCCGCCAUCAUCGAGAUGCCACGCUUCGCCAUCUCCUCGGAGGAGGAAGGAGGGCUGGCCCCCAGUCGUAAGAGCCCCAGCCUGCUCAGCCAGACCCCCGGGGGAGUCAGGGGACCCCGCAGUGAGGAGCUGCCCCUCUCCAUCCCAGAGCUCCCAAUAGAGAGAGAGCUGAAACUGGUCGAGUCCCCCACCACACCUGGGUCCAUCACCAGCCAGCUCAGCAGAGCCACACUCACAUCGGGUAGUUCAGGAGAUGUGUGGGAGCGUGGUACAGUGUCGGGAGCAGACAGCUCUAUCUCUACCCCUAAGGCCAUCAGUGACCUGGCAGUUCGGAGGGCCCGCCACAGACUGUUGUCUGGAGACACGGACAAACACACCCAGUUCAGACCACUCAACAAGGUCAUCAAGUCUGCCUCCGCAACUACGCUCUCACUCAUGAUCCCUCCAGACCACCAUGGAGCCUCCCCAUUGGCCAGCCCCAUGUCACCCCACUCCCUCUCCUCCAAUCCCUCAUCCAGAGACUCCUCCCCGAGUAGAGACCUUUCGCCGGCCGUAGUCAACAUCAAACCCCCCAUCAUCAUCCACCGGGCGGGCAAGAAGUACGGCUUCACCCUCCGGGCCAUCAGGGUGUACAUGGGAGACACGGAUAUCUACACCGUACAUCACAUAGUCUGGCAUGUGGAGGAGGGUGGUCCAGCCCAUGAUGCAGGGCUGAGAGAAGGAGACCUCAUCACUCAUGUGAACGGGGAGGCUGUCCACGGCCUGGUCCACACUGAGGUGGUGGAGCUCAUCCUCAAGAGCGGUGGUAAGGUGUCCGUCUCAGCCACGCCCUUUGAGAACACCUCCAUUAAGGUAGGCCCCGCCCGCAAGACCAGCUCCAAAUCCAAGAUGGCGCGUCGCAACAAAAAGACCAAAACCAAAGAUGGAGGCCAGGAAAGCGGCAAGAAGAGGAACUCUCUGUUCAGGAAGAUCACCAAGCAGGCGUCUCUGCUCCACACCAGCCGUAGUCUAUCCUCUCUCAACCGCUCCCUGUCUUCUGGAGAGAGUGGACCAGGGUCCCCCACACACAACCUGUCCCCCAGGUCACCUACACCUGGCUACCGCUCCACACCUGACUCUGCACACUCUGAGGGGGGAAACUCUUCUCAGAGCAGCUCUCCCAGCUCCAGUGUUCCAAACUCCCCAGCCAGCUCCGGUCACAUCCGGCCCAGCUCCCUCCAUGGCCUCGCCCCCAAGCUCCAGCGCCAGUACCGUUCCCCUCGACGCAAGUCAGCCGGCAACAUCCCCCUAUCCCCCCUGGCCCGCACCCCCUCCCCCACCCUGCAGAGCACCUCCCCCCAACGUUCUCCCUCCCCCCUGCCCAGCCAUGCUGUGGGCUCCUCCUCUAUGGGCCAGUCUUUCCCCGUGAAACUCCACUCCUCCCCUCCUCUGGUCAGGCAUAUCUCCAGGCCCAAGAGCACUGAACCCCCCCGCUCCCCACUCCUCAAACGAGUACAAUCCACCGAGAAGCUAGCCUCCUCCCUUUCCUCCUCCUCCUCCUCCUCUCCCUCUGCGUCGGGGUCCGGAGGUGACAAGAAGCUGCCUCUAGCGGUGACAGGACGUAAACACAGCCUGGACAUCUCCCACCAGGAGUUUAAGAAGGAGAUGCUUCAGAGAGACCCCAGUCUGCAGAUCCUGCAGGAGUCCGCUGGGGAGAGAGAGGGGGUGCUGGGGGUGGGGACAGGGGUGGGGGGUCGCGGGGGCCCUGUGGAGAAGGGCAGCCUGCAGAAACACUCCUCCUCCAGCAGGAAGCUGGGGCGUCAGGAGGGGGACGUCGGACCGACAGCCGGGUCCCUGGGGCUGGCCCCCGGGAAGAGCAAGCUGAAGGACAAGCUGUCAGCCAUUAGACAGGACCGGGCUGAGAGGAGGGAGUCACUGCAGAAGCAGGAUGCUAUCCACGAGGUGGACUCUUCAGAGGACGAGACAGACGAGGGGUCGGAGGACAGCCAGGACGGGAGGGGCAGGAACACCUGUACUUUCACCCCCCCGCUGCUCCGCCCCACCUCCGUCAUGGCCACCGCCACCCGCACGGGACCCGGGGGCACCCUCCCCUCCCUGUGUCUGUCCCCCUCCUCCACCCUGCUGCCCAGCAGAGCCACCAUACCCUCCACAAUCCCCGAACACAAGCCCACUCAGAGUGCUCCUUCGCUGGGAGGGAAAGACAGCGGCUCAGCCUCCUCAGAUGACUGUGGGAGGAGAGAGGGGAAGGCUCCAGACACCAGCUCCAAGUUCACCCAGAGCCCCCUGUCCAGCACCUUCGCCACACCCGGCAGUGCUUUCAUCUCCAUCAGUAAGGACACCUUCCUGAAGCCUGCUGCUCCAUCUUCACAUCAGGAAUGGAGGAGCCCCAAGCUACCUGAGCCCAGAGGGAAGAGCAGUAGUCCUGGGUUAUGGAGUGAGGAGAGAGACUCUGGCCUGGAGGCCCCCAGAUCCAGCCCCACUGGAUCCAUAGAUGGCAGAUACAUAGCCCACACACCCAUCUCUUCCCCAGGCAUCACCAAGGAGAAAAAGGAGGCCGACAACCGGAGGCAGGCUGCUGCUGCCGCCGCCGCUGCAGCCUACGCCACCCCAGCCUACCCCACCCCAUCCUACGCCAUUCCAAGCCCCCCAGCCCAAGUGUCAGGGUCAGAGAGUGGGGUGGAUAAGGUUGUGUCCCAGCUAGCCACUGUGGCUAAGAGCUUCCUGGGCCCCGUCAAACUCACUAUCCCUGGGGCCAAGGAGGCUUUUGAGAGGGCCAAAGACCAGAACCAGAAACCCUCUCACCCCAAGACCUCACCCCGUACCACUACCACCACCACACCCCUCUCCCCAUCCCCCUUUAGACACCCUGCCCCUCAGCCACCGCCCCGCCUGUCCUCCCAGUCUCCCUCCCGGCAGCCCUCUUACAAAACUGAGCCAGCCCCCCCUUCCCCUCCACAGAGGAGGGCCUCCCCUCCUAAAGACUGUGCCCCGGGGCCCCAGGACCACCCAGAGAGGCCAUUGAUGGGGUUACGAGGCAGUAGGGAGACUCCAGCCAUUACAGCUGUUACUGCACCAAGGCAGGGGCCCACCAACACACCCACCCAGACCACUACUGCAGCCACGGAGCAGCGCAAGAGGCCAGACCCAGCUGCCCCACGGAGACCCAACCCUGCCUCCGCAGCCUCCACCCCACAGGACAAAACCAGCAGCAAGAAGACGUAGCAGAAAACAAGACUCAAGAAACACCCAUGACGAUACAGACUGCUGUCACGAGAUUUUAAUCUUAAAUCCACAAACAACUGCAUGAGAAUAAUAAUUUAUUCAAAACUUUUUGCAACACACAAAUCAUUAUGAGGGAGAGCAAGAGCGAGAAAGAGAGAGAGAGAGUGAGAUUGGGGAUAGAUCUCUGCCCUGACUGUGUCCCAGAGGCAUCCAGGCUCACUGUGCCUCUCUUGUUCUUCUUCUGUGUUUUAUCAUUCAUGGAUUAAUGUUCCUGUGAAGUCAGUCUGUGUUUGUUUCUCCCCGCAAAGAAACACGGGGGGGGCUAGAAAUAAACCGUGUUAGUUCACUGAUCCACAGGGAAGGAUUAACAAACGCCUGCACUAAUGGGUUUUUCUAGUAUACUGCCUCGUUACCUUUCCCCUUGUAGUUCCAGUAGUCCGAUGUGCGUUCUUAGCUAGCCAAUAGAUCAGGUCGUGCCUUAUAAACAAAAUGGCACCCCACCCCACCACCCUGCCUGCGUGUCUCCAGUCGUCCGUGACUGGAAAGGGUGUAUCUCAGCAAUAAAAGUAGCGUGUGCUUCGCAAUCACUAUAAAAUACAUUACAGUCUGUUAAUGAAACCAUCUGCAUUGCUCACGUUUACACACUCAGCAGUUUACAAAAAGGCAAAUUACAUUGUGUAUUAUUAUUAUUACUCCCUCAUGGUCUAACGCUGCACUCUGUCUCUCUAACAAUAUAAUACUGCGGGCUGGCUAGAGAACCCUCUCGUCCCUGUAUAACACACUAUUUUAAUGAAGCGGAUGUCAAUGUCUACUAAAGCGGUGUUUUUGUGUUGUAUAUCAUAGCGCUCCACGGUAAACUCCUUCCCCAUGCGCUCCACUGGCCCUUCCAUGACUAUAGCUGGACCCGCCAAGUGUACCCGAAUAGAGCUCUAUGUGGGUGUGAGCAUGUGUCGUGGUAGCUAGGAUACCUAGCCUAGCCAUUCACCUUGUAGCUGCAUGAUAGCCUCACCAAAUCUACACCCUCCGACUCAAGGGACAUGUUUUUUAAAUGAUAAAGGAAAAAUAGGAUGUUCAUA